UUUUAGUGGGAAAAAUUGGACAUGGCCUUAUCGGGAGCCGCCUCCUCCCUCGCCCAAUCCUCUCCCGGACCGAGAGACCUCGGAGUACGCCAUCCCCUCCUCCCCGCAGCCGGCUCCUGUCCCCAAGAAACCCCCCGUACGUGGCCACCCUCUCUAGCAUACAAGGGCGGCCAUGCGACUGCCCGUCCGGCGAUGGGAGCGCGCGGUGCGACAUGGUGAAGCAACUCAAGGUGUUGAUGCCCUCUUGCCUCCACAAGCUGCGCAUCUCCGACCAGUUCGCCGAGCACUUGGAUGCCUGUGCACGAGGAACCGGGAUGCCCCACCCAAAGGUCUUUGUAGUCAGCUCAUUCGGCAAAAUCUUUCACGUCGAUAUCGGCCGGGAUGGCAAGGGCGCGUUCUUGGGUUACAGAUGGCCCGAGUUCGUGAAAGCGAGCGGCUUCGGCUUAGGGUGGUUCUUGGUGCUCCAGCAUGAAGGUCGUGGGGUGCUCACCGUCAAGGCCUUCGACCUCACGUGGUGCCUCAAGGAGUUGGGCGGCUUUCCGCCCUCUACAGAACCUAGAAGCAACAUAUACGCUUCUUCGCGUAAACCACAAUUCAUUAUGGUUCUCUUUCCAAGUUUCAUGGACAAGAUGGUUUGCAAUCUUCCUGCUACUCUGUUUUCCUACCAAUCAAUGGCGGAGCUACCCAACCAAAGCUGGGCGGGCCAAUAUGAAGGAAUAUCACUAUAUUUUUUUUCUUGUGGCUCAGUUUAUUUUAAUCCUACAUUGUAUUAGCUUUGGAAUGGGCGGGCCAUAGCCCAUUUUCAUUACAUGUAGCUCCGCCAGUGCUACCACUGUGUCUCUUGCUGCAACUCCUAGACUUGAAACGCACGAGGGGUAGUGAGUACUACUUGUGUUCUUGCAGCCGAUCCCGCCAACUUUUGUACAACGGUACCUCUCCGAGGCGCACCCAAGCAGCAAAAAAGCUUUCAUUGUCAGCCAGUUUGACGUCCCCGAGGCGCACCGAAGCAGCAAAAUUGCUUUUGCUGGCAGCCCAUUUGACAAACAUUGGUGCGUCGAGGUCGAGAAGGACGGAUCUGCGAUAUUCCUUGCAGCUGGUUGGUCGCAGUUCUUGGUGUUUCAUGGCAUCUCACAAGGUGAUGUUGUUCUAUUGAGCUACGAAGGCAAUAUGUUGUUCGAAAUCGAAGUGUUCGAGUUGA